GCUCACAUCACUCUCUCUCUCUCUUUCGCUGUCGCUCUCUCUCUCUCCCGCUCUCGCUCGCGCUCCCUCUCUCAGUGACCAUAACAGCUCAUUCUGCCUGAACAGACUGCAGGAGUUUACGCGGGAACAAAGCCGGAUCAGUCCCUCACCUGUAUCUCAUCGUUUCGCGCCCGUCGUCGCACAUCAGGAGCACCGUCUCUCUUCGACAUGUCCGAGGUCCUGCCAUACAGCGAGGGAAAGAUGAACGGCUACGGCGGGGACGACGAGGUCAGCCAGAUGUCAUUCAGCUGUCGGCUGCAGGACACGAACUCGUUUUUCGGGGGGUCUCAGUCGAAAAGGCCACCGAAACUCGGGCAGAUCGGAAGAGCAAAACACGUGGUCAUCGAAGACGACCGGAUAGACGAAGUCCUCAAGGGGAUGACGGACAAGCCGUCCCCCGGUGUCUAAACACCCCCGACGCCUCCUGAACCUUUUUCAUUUAAUCACCGGUUUGAAGCGACCGUGCAUGUAAGCAGUGAGGAGCGACCGACAUGUAAGCAGUCUGAGGAGCUGCGGAAGGCAGACUGAGGCGGACGCGAUGAGGGACUGUCAAUGGGUGCUGGGUUUUUUAUUUAGGGGGAUUUUGUUUCGAAUCCGCUGGCGAGUCUCUGACCAAAACCCAUCCUGAAAACACGAGCCGCCUUCAUCCUUCAUCCGACCUGGUUCCAAUGCAGCUGUUGACUGGGUCUGACAUUAGGGUUCAUCACAGCAUCUGGCAGGGGUGAUAAAUAAAGGCGUGAUUUAUUGAUAGCAGUAGGUGGGCUGUGUGGUCCUGAGCUGCAUUCAUGUACUGUCAGAGUCAGAUAUAUACAUUUAAACACAUGGUAAACUCACCAACCCUUUGAGUCAUUACCAACACUGGGGAUCUUUUUAUGAUAUCUAAUAAUGCUUAGCUUAUCACUUAGACUAGCCUUACUGUUGUCGACAUGGGUUGGGGCAUUUCAAAGGUAAGAGUGGAUAAAGAAUGCAAGGAGAAUAAAAACCGCCCCAUGGAUCUAGCCAGCCGGGGGGCCUUGAAUUUUAUUUCCUGCCUGGAUACCUUAUGUAACAUCGAUGCAGAGGCAGAAAAAGCCUGUAGGUUUCGUAGUCAUGCUGUAAUUAGUGUGUGAAUGCAGCAUAAGGUAGAAAGUUAUCCAUGCACAAGUCGAAAAAACAUUGGCGCAUUCAUUUAAUUUCAUCUGCAAAUCCAGCCUAGUUAUGCUACAAACGAAGCAGGUUAAGACGUACGCCAGCACGGACAAUCCGGAGGAAUCUGAACGACCGAGAGUAAUCCUGAAUUUAAAACGGACAAUGACGAGGAGUUAUUUCUUUUUAUUUUGUUUUAUUUCUGAAUAUCUUCUUAUUUAAGUUUGUCAUUAUGUACAUAUAUUACAGGAAUACUAACCUAACGGUCCAUGUGCAUGAACUUUGUGCCAGUUCGGGCAUUUCCACCUGUUCUCUGAAGCUCUUCUUUUUACUGAAAUUAAUAUUUGUAUUUUUUAUAUCUGAAUAUUUGUUACUGAAAAUGAUAUGCUAGUGUAAAUCGAGCAAUGUGUGUUUUAAUUUAGAUACAUACAUAACACCAAGAUACAUGUUGUUCCGCUAUUGCUUAUCAUAUUACUAAUAGACGUUUUUAUUCCAUCUGCAACAACAACAAGUAAGCUGUGUAAACAGUGUCAUUUUACAGCUUCUCAAACUCUGAAAUGUGUUUUUUAUUAAUAAUAAUAUUAAUAAUAAUAAUAAUAAUAAUACAGUAAUUAUUAUUAUUUAUUUGACUGGUUCUGUAUUUAAGUUGACCUGAAAUGCAUGAAACGUUUUUUUAAUGAAUGAACAUUUUUGUGAAGCGUUCAUGAAAAUGAAUUCAUGUGUAAUCUGAUGAUAUUUACAGAGUUUCAUUUCACGAGUUAAUAAAUGCA